GUAUUUGAUCAGAUUUACUUGGGGGAGAAAAAUAGGCCAAGCAACGAACUGAGAACCCUUUCAAUCGCAAUUCAUAAACUGGUCGGAGUUUCCACGGCGGUGCUGGUGGAGGAGAGAGUUGAAGGCGAAACACCGUUCGUCGAGAUCGGAGAAAAAUGGGCGCCGGAGACGAGAAGCAACCGGAGCCAUCGCUCGAGAAUGUAAGCGCAGUAUCUUCCAUAUCGGCGAUUGCAGAGGACCUGCAGCGUUCGGUUGUUCAAUCGAAGGAUUCUGCUAUUCGCUCUGCUCGUUCUCUCCAAGAGGCCUCUUCGUCACAUAUCCGUUCGUUUCAGGAUUUUGUACCCCAAGCAGCAUCACAGUUUAAAACUCACGAGGAUGCUUUUUUCCGCAAAGUUAAAGAUGAGUUUAUGAUAGCAAGGGAACACCCAGCUGCUUCUAUUGGAGUUGCUCUUACAGCUGCCCUUCUCGUUAUGCGAGGGCCAAGAAGAUUUCUGUUUCGUCAUACGUUGGGUCGAUUUCAAACUGAGGAGGCAAUUUUUUCAAAGGCUGAGAAGCACGUGAAGGAGUUGAACCUUUCAGUGGACUUGAUGAAGAAGGAGAGCAAAAAACUACUUGAGAGGGCUGCUCUAGCUGAAAAGGAUAUGAAAUACGGCUACAACGAGCUGAUGAAUGCUGGAAGUCAAAUUCAACAUCUUUCAAGGUCAAUUUACAAGGCUGAAGCCCAAGCUGCAGAUUUGAUGGAUGGGCUGCGGGAAAUUUCUGGGAGGGACGCAUUAAAACUUCGAGCAGAGGUGGCUUCGAUGGCAACUUUUUUGAAGCGCCAUAGGAGUUCGCUCGAAAACAGGGCGAUGAAGGUCUCUGAAUUGGGUAUUCCUCUGUGAUUGACUGGAGAUUGAGGUAUGAAUUAUGUUUAGUUGUCUAAUGUCUACGACAAUUUUGAUAUUGAAUAAUUUCCAAAAUUGGGGGCGUUACUUCCAUCUGGACUAAGUUUUAUUAGUGAAAAUAGAGUGAUGAAAUCUUGUUGGAAUUUUUCACUCGGAAAAAUUUAACAUUGACAUUUUUCAUUUUAUCUGAGUAUGAACUUGUACUGAAUAUGAUUUGGUCAUGUAACCAAACACACCCUUUGCUAUGGUUAAUCAUUCAUUUUUACCUAU